CCGUGUAGGUAGUCGUUUGUCGGCGCGCGUGAUAUUCAGUUUAAAUGAUCAUUCCUGCUGAAAACAGCACACACAACUUUACUCUCAGUAGCAAAACUCACUUUGUGUUAUUUAUUGUUAGCAAUAAUUCAAUUGUGUUCUACAAUUUCAAUUAAGCCUUUAACCGCUUCAAACAUUUAUUUGGACCAGAGAUAGAAGACACUGGUACGAUUAAAGUGGUCUUGAACACGCCAAAGAAACUAUUUUACAUUCCGUUGUAAUCUUGUUUAUUAGGAUAUGGCGAGUGACAAGUGAUGCCAAGACAAUUUGUUCGGCUGAGGGCGUGCUAAUUUUCAAGUUAUGGCCAAGAUUAAAGCGUUUUUGGUUUGUUUUUUCGGUUUAUGGUUUACCAACAGCAUCGUCGCCCUCGAAAUUACAAGCCUUGAUGUUCCGAAAAGUGCCUGGGAUCCAGUGAAACUAAACUGCAAAUAUGAUUUACUCGAGGACGAGACUUUGUAUGGCGUUAAAUGGUACAAGGACCAAAGCGAAUUUUUCAGGUGUUUUGCAAACGGAACAGUUCAAGAGUUCCCAAGGGACGACAUCAAAAUCUAUCACAUGGGCAGAUCUCAGACCGGGUCCUGUUUUUUCGAACUUAUCGCAAUUAGCCCGGAAAGUGGAGGCGAAUACAAAUGCGAAGUGAGUCUAGAAUGGCCCACCUUUCAGACUGUUUCGCAAACUGCAAAGCUGAACAUUAUUGAACCAUCCAGAAUUGUGCAAUCAGAGGGAGACAUAACGGAAGCCAAUUUAAUUACAGAUGUUGUCAGCUUAUCAGUUGAAAAAAGCAGAGGGUCCAGGUGGCUACCUUCUCCAUUGAUUAUACUUUUUUACAUAAUUUAUACGUGUUAAUAAAUAAAAUUAUGAUAAAAAA